AUGUCGCAAACCCACCAAGCGAACCGCCAGGCCUUCUACCGCCACCGACUGAUCCCCAACCAGCUCGUCGACACAAACCGCCGAGACACCACGACCACGAUCUUCGGCCACCGCGUCUCCGCGCCCAUCGGAUUUGCACCCAUCGGGAUUAACAAAAUCUACCACCCCUCGGCAGAAGCAGCGGUAGCAAAAGUCGCCGGCGAACUGAACCUCCCAUACUGUCUCUCAACAGCGGGGUCCACGCCCAUUGAGAAGGUCGGGGAAGCCAACGGGUCCGGAAACCCGCGCUUCUACCAGCUCUACAUGCCGCAUGACGACGAGCUGACGAUAUCCCUGCUCCAGCGGGCUUGGGACGCCGGGUUCGACGCGCUGCUACUGACCACCGACACGUGGCAACUAGGCUGGCGACACGACGACGUCGCGGGAUCGAAUUAUGCGUUUUACCGCGGCAUGGGCGCAGAUCUGGGAUUGUCGGACCCCGUAUUCAGAAAACGGUGUCAAGCCGAGGGGAUCGACCCGGACAAAGAUGUCGUGGCGGCGUCGACGAAAUGGAUUGAUUCCGUAUGGCAUGGACGGGCGUGGUCGUGGGAGAAAAUCCCGUGGUUGCAGGAGCAGUGGCGCCGGAUUUCAGGCGGGAGGCCGUUCGCGAUCAAAGGGAUUCAGAGCGUGGCGGAUGCGCGAAAGUGUGUGGAGUAUGGGGUGGAUGGGAUCGUGGUGAGUAAUCAUGCGGGACGGCAGGUGGAUGGCGCGAUUGCGAGUUUAGAUGCGUUGGAGUCGAUUGUGGACGCGGUGGGGGAUCGUACCUAUGUGAUGUUUGAUUCUGGGGUGCGGGGGGCGAGUGAUGUCGUGAAGGCGUUGGCGUUGGGGGCGAGAUUCGUGUUUGUGGGGAGGCUGUGGAUUUGGGGGUUGAGUAUCAUGGGCGAGGAGGGCGUGAGGCAUGUCAUGCGGUCGUUGUUGGCGGAUUUCGAUAUCUUGAUGGGGGUGGCCGGGUUUAAUUCUGUGGAGGAGUUUGAUCGGUCGAUCUUAGGUGAGUUUACGAGUCUUGGUCCCAGUGGAUGGAUGGAGCUGACGUCCGGCAGAGUCGUAUCCGAAGAUGUAUUCGUUGAUUCCAGACAGGGUGCUGUGAUGGGGAUAUGGACGGGACAAUUGAGUCUGGUUUCAAGUUCCAGAAAUAUGUCUGGUAAGUAUAUGAAGUGA